GCCGCCACCACCAGCACGCAAGACCUCCGCAAGCCGGCUGCCAAGACUACACCUCCGAGCAUGCCCCGCGCCCACAUAGUUCUAAAAUGGCCGCCCUCCCAGCACCCUGGACUUUGUAGUUCUAAGAGAGACAGAUGCGCUACCAUCAGAUGGGGCUGAAGCGAGGCGGGCAUUUGUUGGUUCCUCCUUUGUGCCUUUUCCCCUUCCCGUGCCGCGAGCCUGAAAGAAGGAGAUCGGGGGGACAGCCACAGCCCGCGCCUCGUUAUCCCGCGCGGCGGCAAGGCCGAGAGAAGGCGGCGCUUUUGUCCCCAUUCCCCCAGGCCCCAGCAGCGGGUGCUGCCCGGCCGUGGUCACCCGCCACGCCCCGCCCAGUCGCCGCGGCAGCGCCCGCCCCCUUCCCGAGGGAGCUUUCGCAGCAGCAGCCGCCUCCCCCCCCACCCCACUGAGCGCCUGUCUCAGCUCGUGUCCUCCUAGGCGGGCAGUGGUGGAAGAGGAGAGGAAGGAGGACCUUUGGCUCGCGGGGCUGCCCCCGCCCUUGCCCUUCAGACCCCGUGGCGGCGGGAGUCUUUGGCCGGGUGGGCGGUGGCGGUAGCCGCAGCAGCAGCAGCAGCAGCUCCAGCACUAAUUCACAUAAACCCUCAAGAUGUUCUCGCGGAGGGGUCACGCCGAUGUCAAGAAGUCCACGCAAAAGGCGCUGGACCCGCGGAAGGACGUCCUCACUCGCCUCAAACAUCUCAAGGCACUAAUGGAUGCCGUGGAUGGAAGUGAGCUUAAGCAGUUUUUUGAGAUUAACUAUUCUCAAAUUUAUUUUAUCUUCUAUGAAAAUUUCAUAACACUGGAAACUAGCUUGAAACAAAAAGGAAAUAAAUCACAAAGGGAGGAGCUGGACUCUAUUCUCUUUCUUUUUGAAAGAAUAUUACAACUAUUACCAGAAAGAAUUUUCUGCCGAUGGCAUUUUCACAGCAUAGGGUCAGUUUUGAAGAAACUUUUGCACACUGGAAACUGUCUUAAGAUAAGAUGUGAAGGAAUCAGGUUAUUUCUCCUCUGGCUGCAAGCUCUCCAGACAAAUUGUGCAGAAGAGCAACUGUUAACAUUUGCUUGCCUUGUACCUGGUUUCCCUGCCGUGAUGUCCUCAAGAGGUCCAUGUACACUGGAUACCCUCCUUAGUGCUCCUCCCAGUCUGCCAGAUGCAAAGAUUUUUCCUGAGGAAAUAGCCCCACUUUUACCACAUGCUUCUGGUGAAAAGAUUGCUGAGGACCCUACUUGCUACUUUCUUCAGAUAUUGUUAAAAUAUAUGGUUAUCCAGGCUGCAAGCUUGGAAUGGAAGAAUAAGGAGAACCAUGAUACUGGUUUUAAAUUUCUCUUUGCCUUGUUCAGAAAGUAUUAUCUUCCGCAUUUAUUUCCAUCUUUUACAAGACUAACCAACCUGUAUAAACCUGUGCUUGACAUCCCUGGCCUCCGACCCAAACCAGCAUAUGUUAGUGCAACUUGUAACAAUGAAAACUUUUAUAGCACAAAAAUACCAUACAUGGCUGCUCGUGUAGCCUUUAUAAAAUGGCUUGUAAACUUUUUUCUGGAAAAGAAGUACUUCACAGCAACACAGAAUUCUAAAAAUGGAGGAGAAGUCCUGCCCAGAAUCAUUCAAACGGUGGGCGGUGCAAUACAAGAUAAAAAUCCUGAAAUGGAGAACAAUGUCCCAUCUGAUCAGGAGAAAAGCCAUUCAAACAAUAGCAUGCUGUAUGAAAGGAAGUUAAGCAAUUCCAGCUUUUGUAACAUCGAAGAACAACACCGUGCAGUGUAUGAGAUGGUGCAGCAAAUUCUUUUGUCUACACGAGGUUAUGUCAACUUUGUCAAUGAAGUAUUUCGUCAGGCUUUUUUACUACCUUCAUCAGAGAUAUCUUUAACCGAAAAAGUAGUGAAGGUAUAUAGGAAGUGGAUACUGCAGGAGAAGCCUGUGUUCAUGGAAGAACCAGAUAUGAAGGAAACUGUCCAAGAUGAGGAUGGCAUCUUGGAUCAUUCGACAACAGAGACAGACAGCAAACAUCUUUCAUCUGGCCACUCUGGACAUAAAAGAUCCUCCAGUUGGGGAAGAACACACUCCUUCUCUAGUGCUGUUAGCAGAGGAUGUAUAUUAGAAGAUGAAAACAAGAAUGUUAAAGCAGGUGUUCAAGCAACACUACAGGUAUUUUUGACAAACUCUGCAAAUGUAUUUUUACUGGAACCAUGUACUGAAAUACCUGCACUCCUGAAGGAGCACAUCGAUGCUUGCAAAGCAGUUCUGAGUAUAUUUAGGCGCAUGAUAAUGGAACUUCCAAUGAAUAAAAAGACCUGGGAGCAAAUGCUACAAAUUCUUCUCAGGAUAACAGAAGCUGUCAUGCACAAACCAAAAGAUAACCAAAUUAAGGAUAUGUUUGCUCAAAGUUUAGCUGGAUUGCUAUUCCGGACUCUUAUCGUGGCUUGGGUCCGAGCAAAUCUGAGUGUUUAUAUUUCUCGAGAACUCUGGGAUGAAUUGCUGCGUGUACUGUCAUCCCUUACUGACUGGGAAGAGCUAAUAACUGAAUGGGCUAACAUUAUGGAUUCUCUAACAUCUGUUUUAGCGAGAACAGUGUAUGGUGUUGAAAUGACCAGUUUGCCACUGGAUAAGUUAAGUGAGCAAAAAGAGAAAAUACAAAGAGGAAAAGGUGGUAUUUUGGGACCUCAGAAGACAGCUGCAGUUGGAAGAUCAUUUUCUUUAAGCUGGAGAAAUCAUCCUGAAGUUGUGGAACCAAUGAGGUUCAGGAGUGCUACUACCUCAGGAGUACCAGGAGUUGAGAAAGCAAGGAAUAUAGUGCGCCAAAGAGCAACAGCUAAGCGAAGCCAGUCUAUCAGCAACUGUGCUCAUCUCUAUGAGGCUUUGCCAACCACUAAAAGUGUACCUCUUCUCCUUCAUACUGUGAGCUCUCUCUUACCUGGUAUCUCUUAUGCUUACUACUCUCACACGCUUUCAGAAGUUGAAGAAUAUCCACAAUCAGAAAAUGGAACAGGAACUGAAUACCAGCAAUCAGAAAACUUAGCAGGAACCGAAUAUAAUGGUCCAUUUUUAGAUCAGGAGCAAUUAACUCGAAGCAGUAGCACCUCUGAUAUCAGAGACCAAUGCAAUUCUGAUGUUUUUCAAGUUAGAAAAACAGAGAGCUCACAAAACCUAACUUCAGAUUCUAAAUCUAUUCAAGAAACAAAGGGAAUUAUGAACAAGGAAGAUACAUGCCAAGAAGUGGGCAAUUGUCCAAAUGAAUUAGAUUUCAGAGCAGACAUGCAGCAGUCACAUGGAAGUCACAAAGAAAAAGAAAAGAGUGAAAGUGUUACUAGUGAUACAUCCAUUGGAUACAAUAAUGAAGUAGACAUCACUUUGAGUCCCUGGCAAGUAUGUGAAGAAAAUAAUUACAUCAGCAUGCCAGCUGAUAUUUCCGUUGACACAGAUGCACAGCACUGGUUGAAUUUGAGUCCGUCAGAUGCUACAAAUAUGACAGACAGCAGUGAGUUCCUUGCUGAUGACUGCAGUAUAAUUGCUGGAGGGAAUCUUAUAGGCUGGCAUUCUGAUUCUGCUGCUGUGUUAUGGCGAAGAAUAUUGGGAAUUCUUGGAGAUGUGAACAAUAUCCAGUCUCCUAAAAUACAUGCCCAAGUUUUUGAAUAUCUCUACGAACUGUGGUACAAAUUAGCAAAGAUAAGAGACAAUCUUGCUAUCAGUCUGGAUAAUCAGUCUACUCCCUCUCCUCCUGUUUUAAUUCCACCACUCAGAAUAUUUGCAUCAUGGCUGUUCAAAGCUACAACCUUACCGGAUGAAUAUAAAGAAGGGAAGCUAUGCGCAUACAAAUUGAUCUGUGCCAUGAUGACCAGGCGCCAAGAUGUUGUGCCAAAUCCUGACUUCCUGGUGCAUUUUUAUCUUGUCAUGCACAUUGGCUUAACUAGUAAAGAUCAGGAUAUUCUGAAUACAGUCAUAAGGCACUGCCCCCCUUCCUUUUUCUUCCUGGGCUUACCUGGCUUCACACUACUGAUAGGAGACUUCAUAACAGCCGCAGCCAGAGUUCUAAGUACAAACAUGUUGGAGGCUCCUCGUUUAGAAGCUCAUACCAUUCUAGGUUCUCUGGUUUGCUUCCCUAAUCUCUACCAAGAAAUCUCACUAUUGCAACCCAUUGCUGAAGCAGAAAUCAUCACAGGAACUGCAGAUAUCAAAUGUUACCUCAUAAAUAUUCUUUUGAAGAAUGCUGCAGAUGAACCAAGUGAAGCUUCAAGGUGUUUAGCUCUUUGCUGUCUUGGACUUUGGCUAUGUGAAGAACUAGUGCAAUGUACAAACCAUUCUCAAGUAAAGAAUGUGAUAAAUGUUUUAGGUGUGACACUGAAGUUUUCUAACAAACAGAUAGCCCAGGUAGCAUGUGAUGUCUUCCAACUGUUGACGUCUUAUUGGGAAAAACUUGAGAAAUACAAAUCUUUUCUACCCAGAAAAAUUAUUGAAAUCCUUGUUGCCACCAUUGCAUUUCUGUUGCCUAGUGCAGAGUACUCCUCUGUGGAAAGUGAUAAAAAGUUUAUAGUUUCAUUAUUACUUUGCUUGUUGGAUUGGUCUGUAACUUUACCAGUGAAAAUGCUGCUGGAGCCUAUACUUACUUCUAGUCUUGAGGAUCAAUGUUCUUCUAAAGCUCCAUUGCUUGAUUACAUCUAUAGGGUUCUGCAUAGUUGUAUUCAUGGUUCUAACACAUAUACACAGCAAAGCCAUUAUCUUUUAAGCCUGGCAGACCUUUCCAGUGAUGACUAUGAUCCAUUUUUGCCACUAGGAAAUGUCAGAAAUUCUGAACCCUUGCAGUUUCAGUCUUCUGCAGAUUUAAACAAUUUGCUUACUGUUGCUGAAGAAAGGAGGAGGAGGAGUUUGGAGUUAAUACCUUUAACUGCACGAAUGAUUAUGGCACAUCUAGUAAACAAUUUGGGUCAAUAUCCCCUCAAUGGAGGACCUGCAGUUCUUCACAGCCUUAUUUGUGAGAAUCACAGCAACUCUUAUGUGGAAUCUUCUGAACUGUCUUCUGAAGUCUUCAGAAGCCCAAACUUACAGCUCUUUGUAUUUAAUGACAGUACUCUUAUAUCUUAUCUUCAGAUUCCUUCAGAAAAGGUGUUAGAUGAUGAACUUGUAAGAACUCUCUCAGAAGUAAGAGUAAUUGUAAGAGAUAUCUCAGGAAAGUAUUCAUGGGAUGGUGGGCUAAUGCAUGGACCAUUAGCUGGCUGUCUAUCAAAUCAAAAUAAAAGAAAAUCCACUGAAGUACUGGACAAUCAUAAACAGAAUUUUGAAUCUCUAAUAGACUCUGUUCAAAUGUAUGAAGGAGAAGAUGCUCUUGAUAAAUUGCUAGAGAGGAUUAGUAACAGUAGUCCUGAGUGCCUUUUACGUCCACAGCUGCAGUUAAACGAGCCUUCACCAUCACCAUUUGUCAUGAGCUGUGACCAGGAGAAUGAUAUCUUAGAAGCAAUAAUGCAACAGAGUUGCAUAGAAAAUGAUUAUGUAAAUGGAUGCAGUUUGAAUCUUAGUAUAAAAGUUGAAAGUCAGAAGCCACCAAGGCCUGCUCAGCCCCAAGCACCAUUUCAUUUAUGCAGACUUUUGCUAAAUGACUUAGGAAUGAAUUCCUGGGAUAAAAGAAAAAGCUUUCAUCUACUGAAGAAAAAUUCUAAAUUGUUGAGAGAACUGAAAAAUUUGGACUCUAGGCAGUGCCGUGAAACUCAUAAGAUUGCAGUAUUUUAUAUUGCUGAAGGACAAGAAGAUAAAUGUUCAAUAUUGUCCAAUCCGAAAGGAAGCCAAGCAUAUGAAGAUUUUGUUGCUGGACUAGGUUGGGAGGUUGAUCUUUCAACUCACUGUGGAUUUAUGGGUGGUCUGCAGCGCAAUGGCAGCACGGGGCAAACAGCACCAUAUUAUGCUACUUCUACUGUGGAAGUGAUUUUCCACGUAUCAACACGAAUGCCAUCUGACUCAGAUGACUCACUGACCAAAAAGCUUCGUCACUUGGGAAAUGAUGAGGUUCAUGUUGUCUGGUCUGAACACACCAGGAAUUAUCGCAGGGGCAUUAUACCAACAGAUUUUGGAGAUGUUUUAAUUAUUAUUUAUCCAAUGAAGAAUCACAUGUUUUUCAUAGAGAUCAUGAAGAAACCAGAGGUGCCAUUUUUUGGUCCAUUAUUUGAUGGAGCAAUAGUGACUUCAGAACUGCUCCCAAAUCUUAUACGGGCCACAUGCAUCAAUGCCAGCAGAGCUGUGAAGUCCCUUAUAACUCUCUAUCAGAGCUUUUAUGAAGAAAGAGCUCUGUAUCUUGAAGCAAUAAUCCAGAAUCACAAAGAAGUCAUGACAUUUGAGGAUUUUGCUGCUCAGGUCUUCUCUCCCUCUCCCAGUUACUCCCUCAGUGGAUGUGGCUGUCUCACUACAAGUCUGAGUGCUGAUCUUACUGCCUCUGUAGGGACAGAAUCAGCAGAGCAGAUGUCACCCAUCCUAACAGGCGCCACAAAAAACAGGCUCUCUGGGAAGCUGCGGCGCUCUUCCAGUGCUCUUGGCAAAUCUUCAACUUAAAGCACUUUCAAGAUUGGAAACCAUUUUUGAAAACAUUUCUUUGGAAAUCUCUUCCAUUAAAUCAUUUAUUGUGAUCAAUGGAACUGUGGUAACACUGGAGACUGCAUAAUGAAGUAUUUUUUGCUAUGAAAUUAUGGUUCCUUAAGUUUCAAAUGUAAAUGUUCACAUUGAUCACCUGAAUUAUGCAAUAUGCAUUUCACUUGAUAAUUUCUGCUAUAGGAGCAAUGAUCAGGAACUCUUUCAACAAGGUUACCAUUUUAGUGUGAUAAGUUACUUAUUUUAUUCUUAUUUUACUCUAGCUGCUAUUGCACGUCACAUGAAGCAGUUGCAGAACAAUAACUGAAACACACCUAAUCUUCUGAUUCUGAUAUUCCAUUAUAAUUAACUUUUAAUAUGCUAGGUGAAAGCUUAUUUUCACUGUUGAUGAUGAAGAACUCGUUUGAGCCAGUGAAGCAUUUUUGAGAUCCACCAAUGACAGUGGGGAAGUGAGCAUGUACUUAAAUCUCUCCCACUGAAGGCAAUGGAACUUAACAAUGUUGUAAUGUGUUUCAGGAUGGCUGAAUUGUGCCCAGACCUUUUUUUAAAGGAUGAAUGCAUUAUUCUGCUUUUCAGUAUCACUUCAAACAUUCUAUUUCCUUUCCAUUAUUUAUUUCCAAAGAUAGUUCUUGUGCACAUAACAAAGAAUCCUUUACUUUUCUGAGCUACGUAUUAUAUAGGAAGAUACUGAUAAUCCAAAUAAAAAGCAAGAAUUAGAAUUAAGUUGCUUGGUUAGUUUUUUUUUUUUUUUUAAUUUAUUUUAUGUGCAAGAUGUAGGCCUGGAUCCAAAAAAAAUGUGAGCACUAAGAGAAAAUGACUUUGUGCUGUUCCAUGAACUCUUGUGCAUUAGUGGAAGACUUCUUGCAGUACUGAGCCAUACUAUGUAUGGAAGUUGUGUUACGAUCCAAGAAACAUGGUGAAUACGGAAAAUACAUGUAGCAUAUAAACUCUCAAAUAAGCCAUAAAAAGGUUUUGCAAAGAAUUUGCAUGCAACACUCUGCUAAAUAAGAAACAACCCUUCCAUGAAUGGAAAAGGCUUCUAGAGCUUUUGGAUCCAAGCUGUACAUAUGCCAUGUAAAAUCUUACUCUGUGAAAGUUAAAGAUGGCACAUAUUAGCAUAUUCAGAGAACCAGCCCAGAGUUCUUAUUUCUCAAUAUUUUUCAUCAUGAACCAAAGUUAGUUACUAAUUUGCAACAUGAUUAGCUGCUGUUGUCUGAUUUAAUCAUGUCUAAAAGUACGUGCUACUGGAUACAUACAGGAUGGCUAGUUAAUUGGCUAUCUGGGAAAAUGUGGAUCUACAGCCUAGCAAGGCUAUUCUUGUGAAAUCAGUCCAGAAUAACUACAUGCCCAGAACAACGUUGGUUCAGCCCUGGCAUGUAUUUCAUGCAUUCUGCAGGGUUUGAGACCAUAUUCAGGCUUGUACACCUUCCUCACCAGGCUUAAAUUAGUGUCAACUGCAGCCUACACAAUUAAAUUCUUGUGGAAGUAGGCCCUGUUCUCCAUGCUUUUUUAUAUAAAGCUACUGGGUCAGCUCAUCCAGAGAUCCAGCCAUCUAAUCCCAGGGAGGCAGUAAGAAAGCCAAGGGUUUGAAAGCAAUUUUGGAUGGAAUGAGGGCAAACAGACUGAAAUUUAAUACAGACACAAUGGAGGGACUAGGGGAUGGAAACUCUGAUUAUAUGGGUGGAGGAGUUUUCUGGAUGGAGUAGCACCUCCCCCUAAAGGAACAAGUAUGCAGCUUGGGGAUGCUUUUGGAUAUAGUUUUGUCCCUGGAUGCCCAAGUGACCACUGUGGCCAGAAGCACCUUUCACCAACUUUGGUUGGGGCACCAAUGGCAUCCCUACCUUGAAAGAGCAGACUUGACAACAGUUAUUCAUGCAUAUAUUACAUUCAGACUAGAUUCCUGUAAUGUGCUCUGUAUGGUGCUGCUUCUGAAGACUGUUAGAAAGCUUGACUGAAAAAUAGUCAUAAAUGCCACUGUUAGACUAAUAGGAACAUAGGAAGCUGCCAUCUACUGAGUCAGACCAUUGGUCUAUCUAGCUCAGUAUUGUCUUCACAGACUGGCAGCAGCUUCUCCAAGGUUGCAGGCAGGAAUCUCUCUCAGCCCUAUCUUGGAGAAGCCAGAGAGGGAACUUGGAACCUUCUGCCCUUCCCAGAGCGGCUCCAUCCCCUGAAGGGAAUAUCUUUCAGUGCUCGCACAUUUAGUCUCCCAUUCAUAUGCAACCAGGGUGGACCCUGCUUAGCUAAGGGGACAAGUCAUGCUUGCUACCACAAGACCAGCUCUCUUUUCUAGUAGCAGGAGCAAAUUGUUGGGAACAUAUUACAUCUAUUUUGCUGUAGUUACACUGGCUUCCAGGUAGCUUGUGGGUUGAAUUUAAUGUGCUGAUCUUGGCCUUUAAUCUCCUUUACAACAUGGGACCAAGUUACCUUAAGGACCACCUGCUCCUAUAUCAGCCUGUUGAACCUCUGCGAUCUGUCACCAAAGUCCUGCUCUCUGACCCCGCCAUGUAUUGAGAUGCUUUGGGUUGGUACCAGGAACACGAACAUUUCAGUUUUUGCCCUAUAAUAAUGGAGGAGGAGAACUAGUCUUGUGGUAGCGAGCAUGAAUUGCUCCCUUUGCUAAGCAGGGUCCACCCUGGGUUGCAUUUGAAUGGGAGACUAUGUGCAUAAGCACUGUAAGAUAUUCCCCUUAGGGAAUGGGGCUGCUCUGGGAAGAGCGUCUGCAUGCUUGCAUGCAGAAGCUUCCAUGUUCCCUCCCUGGCAUCUCCAAAUAGAGCUGAGAGAGACUCUUGCCUGCAACCUUGGAGAAGCUGCUGCCAGUCUGUGUAGACAAUACUGAGCGUGAUGGACCUAUGGUCUGACUCAGUAUAUGGCAGCUUCCUAUAGAACUCGCUGCCCACAGAGAUUUGAGUGGCCCCCCUCACAUUCUAUUCUUAAAAUAAAAUUGAAGACCUUUUUUUUAAUUUGUUUUAAAAUACUUUCUCUAUAGGAAAUAAGUUGUUAUUUGUAUGCUCUCUCCCUGGACUUUGCCAUUUUACUGCUAUCGCUUUUGCUACAGCUAACUGUGAUAAUAGUUGCUAUGCUUCUUUUCUUAAUUUGUUCUUAUAAGUUGCAUUGAGUUUUUAUGGUUGCAUUUGAGUUGCAUUGAGUUUUUAUGGUGGGGUGGAAGCAAGACAAAUAUCCAUAAAAUAAAUAGUAUAGCGGCAGAGCCAUCUGAAGGGGGGCAGUUCCACUCAGCCAAUUCCCAGGUAAGUGAGUAUAAGAUUACAGCCUUCCUGCCCCGGGAAGAGUCCUUUGGAUGCCCAUGUGCAGUGGGGGAAUGUAUACAAGCCUGAACAUGCCUCCUACACUCGGCUAUAUGUAUAAAUUACAUGCCAGGGCUGUGUGUGAAUCAGCCUUAUCUUCAUGCUCUGCAUGUAGCUUGGAACCCUGUGUGUGGGGCCAAUCAUACUGGUCCUUCCCAUUCAGCCAUUGCCAAAACAAUCAUGUGGAAAGGGCCCAUGCAGUUGGCCCCAGCCAUCGGGCUGCAGGCUUCCAACACGAAUGCAGUAGCUAGGGAAGCUCUCCCAUCACUGCAGCAAGGUAUGAAGCAGCCCUCUGCAAGCAGGAGCAGAGCAACUGGCCCUGUUCACCCUCAGCAUAGCCUCCCUCCAGUGGCUGUGACUGACGUUGACCUUGUGUUUCUUUUUAGAGGGUAAGCUCUUUGGGGACAGGAAACCAUCUUCUCAUUCUUAUUUUUCUAUGUAAACCACUUUGAGAACUCUCUUGUUGAUCAGUGGUAUAUAAAUAGUAGUAGAUUGCUUGGCUUACUAAUGUUACAUUUUUAUGGCCAUAAAUUUGGUUUUGUAACACUCAGUUGGGUGUAGGGAACACUAAUAUAAACAGUGAUUUAAAUAUUAAGACAAAGAGUUAAUCCUUUUUUCUAUUGGUGUGAAAGGAAAAUCAAAAAAUUAUUUUGGUUUGAUUUAAGUGAAUGUAGAACAUGCUACUUCUUGGUAUGCAUGACUUGGAUCAAGUACAUUAGUGUUAUGUUGCUGAACUAUGUUAUAUUGUGUUUUGGAGAUAUAAACAUUAUCUAAGUGUUUUGCACAGCAAAAACUAUUAAGUGAUUAAGGGUUUGGGGAGAAUCAUGCAUUAAACACACACACACACACACAACCACAAAGGGAAUUUGAGUUAAAAUUUGUUGAAAUUUGACCAUCUCCCACCCCGUGUUUCCAACACAUAUUAAGCUUUGAUGCAAUAAAAGCAAUGCUAUUUGGGACCAAUAUUGUUAGUGUGGCUCUGGUGCUGCCUGUAGCACACACAGAACUUGCCCUGACACUGAAGUGGAUACUAAUUCAUACCACUUAAGUGUAUGUUUUGGAAACACAGAGUCUUGGACCAGACCCACUUUCAUUAUCACUGAGCUGACUUUAGUCAGCUGCUGCUUCCAUGAGUUGAAUGCCCUCAUUACUCUUCUGAUUAUGUGUUAGUUGAUAGUUGUUGAACUAUCUUAGUGGAUUGUGAGAUUGGGUUGCUUGGCCAGUAAGAAGGAGGGAGAACAAACUUGUAUCUUGUCCCUGUACUUGUCUUUUUGUUCUCAGGCCAGCUUUAACAGUCUAUGUCUGAUGUAGAACUUAUUCGGUUUUCUGUUUAAUACUAAAAUGCAAUAUUAAACUGUAAUAUAAUGUUUAUCUUAACCUGAAGGGAUUUUCUUCCCCUUAAAAUUUGAGAUAUAGGCCCCAAUGACAACUGUUUUUUGUUUUUAAAUCUUAAACCUUGUGAGUAUAUUAAUUUAGGGUCUGUACAUUCACAUUUGACAUUUUUUAUUUAUUUGUUAAAAAUGAGAGCUACUGAUGGUCAUAUUUUAAUGAUAUUAAUAUACAAAACAAGUAAUAAAAAUAGGUUGCAACUAGAAUCAAGUAAUUGUGUGAGCACCAAGGAAUGUACUAUUUGAGACACUCUCUCCAAAUUAGACACCCAACUUAUUUCUCUCAGUAUGAAAUUUACAUUCUUCCAGCUAACUACAGGCAACAUUUUAACACUACUGAUGACUGUUAUUUCCCUGACUGAAAUGCUCAUUGCUUUUUUGGGGCUAUGUUUACACACCCAAUUAGGAAAGCAAGCCUUGUAUACUUCAUAGCUCUGUGUGUAUUUUUUUUUUUUUUUAAUAGCUUGGAAGGAGAAUGACUGAAUUUAAUAAAAUCUGUUAUUUGUA